AUGGAACCUACAACACCACCCCCACAGCCAGCGGGCAGAUUAUGUGAGAUCCGUCAAACAGAGAAGAAAGGCUUAGGCCUAUAUGCAAAGGUCGAUAUUGCAGAGGCGACCAUAAUCUCCGAGGAGAUAUCAGUAAGAUUUGAUCUCGGCGAAUACAAGUUCUCUGCUGCGACAUGGGAGAACCCGGAAUUCUGGGAGGAUAUAAGAAACUACCGAGUUCGACCCGUCGAGGACGCAGUCUCUGGCUUAAUUGCUAUGUACAAAGAUGAUGCCUUCGUGCAGACUGUCGCCAGUCAGCUGUCUAGAUCACUUUCCGUACCAGGACUAAGCGACCACGCAAAUCUCUUCUUCACGAAUUGUCAACCACUCGAAGUCACCUCCCCUCCCAUUUCGAUUUUUUUCGGUCCAAUAACGUGCGCUUUCAAUCACUCAUGCAUUGGAAAUGCGACAUUCAACUCGUGUGGCAUUAGUGACAGUGCCGACCUGGUGACAAAUGUGGUGGCCAUAAAACCUAUUAAAGCCGGUACCGAAAUCACAGUCUCAUAUACGAUCUUACCCUUCCUUACAGCGCAACGCCGCCUCACGUUACGUGAAUUGUAUCGUUUCGAGUGCGUUUGCAAACUGUGCAUGGAUGUGACCCCUGAGACGAUAGAGAGCUUUGCCAAAGUAAAUGCGCUCAUGAAAGAAAUUGAAGCUCCCAUUGAGCGCGACAACAAAAAACAAAAGACUCCAUGGGUAUUCUUCAAAUCAGCUCUUGAAGUGGCUGAAGGAUACAGGAAGCUUGAAAUAAAGGAUAUGAGGUGUGCAGUGCUCUGGGAACAAUGCGCUUCAGUUGCAGCGUACCAUUCCGAUGAACUACGCACUCAUUACUGUCUCCUCUGGGCAGCCCAGUACUGGAAUACAUUAGGCUCUGACAGGAGGGGAGCCCUGCGUCAUCCAGAGGAGGAAGACCUUGCGGAGAAGGAAAAGCUAGCGGAGCAGAAGCGAGCUGAGCUUCUGGCGGAGUUGGAUGAGGAGGAGGAGAAGAAGAAGAAGAAGGAGGAACCGGCGGCCGUUCCGAUAAAGAAGGCCAAGAAGAAGAGGUCGAAGAAGCAGAACGGGAGAAAAGGAGCAGCUGGUGGAGCAGAAAAGGGGAGCGAGGAGGCUAUGGUGCCGGCGCCACCAGAUCAAGUGGUGCGGUUGAAUGUGGUGGAGGACAGAGAGCAAAUCGAAGCUAGCAGAGCUGGUUGGGAAGAGGUCGGAGCAAAGAAACGCCCGCACUAG